GCCGCCGCCGCCAUGGCUCCCCGCCGGCCCGGGCCCUACCCUAGAGGCAGUGCCCUGAGAGCUGACUGGGCCAACGAGGACCGACCGGGAGUUACGAUCCCGACGCACCUCGGGAGCUGUAGUUCUCCAGCUGGGGUGGGCGGGGGCCUGCGGUGCAUGCCGGGAGGCGUAGUCCCCAGUCAACUUCCUACGUUCCGAGACCCACAGUCCUGUGCGGUGCGGCGCGCCACGCGCGGGGUGUGUUGGGAGUUCUGGGCCCUCCAGCCCAGAGGGCUGGCGCCCAAAGGCCAGGCCCUCGCCUUCCCAGGAGCCCGCGCGGCCGGCCGGGGACUAUCAUGGCGACGGGGUCUGGGCGGCCCUGAGGCGGUGACGGCGGCGGCGGCGGCGAUGGAGCCUUCGCCGGCCCCGGGCCCGGAGCGGCUCUUUGAUUCACACCGGCUCCCCAGUGACGGCUUCCUGCUGCUCGCCCUGCUCCUCUACGCGCCUGUCGGGCUCUGCCUCCUGGUGCUCCGCCUCUUCCUCGGGCUUCAUGUGUUCCUCGUCAGCUGCGCGUUGCCAGACAGCGUCCUCCGCAGGUUCGUGGUCCGGGCCAUGUGUGCGGUGCUGGGUUUUGUGGUCCGACAGGAGGCUCCCCGGCUCCGCGAUCCCAGCGUCAGGGUCUUUAUUUCCAAUCAUGUGACACCCUUUGACCACAACAUGGUCAACCUCCUCACCAGCUGUAGCACCCCUCUUAUCAACAGCCCUCCUGGCUUCGUGUGCUGGUCUCGGGGCUUUGUGGAGCUGGAUGGCAGCGGGGAGUUGGUGGAGUCGCUGAAAAGAUUCUGUUCUUCGAGAGGAAACCCACCUGCCCCCUUGUUGCUGUUCCCUGAAGAGGAGGCGACCAAUGGCCGGGAGGGGCUCUUGCGAUUUAGUUCCUGGCCAUUUUCUAUCCAGGAUAUAGUUCAACCACUUGCCCUUCGGGUCCAGAGGCCCUUGGUCUCUGUGACAGUGUCCGAUGCCUCCUGGGUCUCGGAGCUGAUGUGGUCACUUUUCGUCCCUUUCACGGUGUAUCAAGUAAGAUGGCUUCGUCCUGCCCAUCAACAGCCAGGGGAAGGGAGUGAGGCAUUUGCCCUUCGUGUCCAGCAGUUGGUGGCCAGGGAGCUGGGCCAGAGAGGAACUCGACUCACACCUGCAGAUAAAGCAGAGCACAUGAAGCGGCAGCGACACACCAGACCUCUUCCCCAGUCAGCUCGGCCUUCUCCCCCUUCAACACCUGGCCCCUCCCCUGACUGGCAGCUGCAGCUGUCAGCUCUUUCCCAAAGAGUCAAAGAGGUUUUACCCCAUGUCCCAAUUGGCAUCAUCCAGAGAGAUCUGGCCCGAACUGGCUGUGUAGACACAACUAUCACUAAUCUGCUGGAGGGAGCUGUAGCCUUUGUGCCUGAGGAUAUUGCUGAGGGGUCCCAAACCCUUCCACCUUCUGGGCCCUUUCCCACAACUUCUGUCUCCAAGUCCCCCAGCUCUGACCCUGUGACCCCUCAGCCUGCCGCUCUGUUUGCCAAGUCUUCCUGGGCCCGUCAGGAGAGCCUGCAGGAGAGGAAGCAGGCACUGUAUGAAUAUGCCCGAAGGAGAUACAAAGAGAGACGGGCCCAGGAGACUGACUGAGCCCAAAGGAGAUGGAGCAAGCCAGGGCUGCAGGACGGAGGCCAGGGGGCAGGCCCCCCCCCACACACAGGCCGGAUGGGUGGGGCGUGUGAAGGGAGGGAAUGGGCCUCCCCAACUUCCCAUUAAAUUCAGGGUUUUCACUCAA